UGCGCGGCGACUUGCGAGUUGGCUUUUUGGUCUGCCUCCAUGACCCCCCGCCCUUCUCGUCAUAUCCUGCGUUCAGUGGUUUCCAUAAAUGCGAACCAUGUCUUACAUACAGGUGGAUGAAGACUCUGACUUUCCACUAGAGAACAUUCCGUUUGGAAUCAUAUCCACAAAGGACAAUGACUCUCCUCGGCCAGCCACUGCUAUUGGUCCAUAUGCGGUGGACCUGCGGGCACUUGCAAAUGCGGGGGUAUUUGAUGACUGUAAAUAUCUGUGCAACAGGGUGGCCAAAAGGGUCUUUGGCCAGCCCACUCUGAAUGCGUUCAUGGAGCUUGGCCGAAACUCUUGGGUGGAAGCGCGCCAAACCCUACAGAGCUUAUUGAGCAACAAUGGCUUGCCGUACCUUCGAGAGUCCUCGACCUUGCGCGACCAAGCGCUGAUCCCUCUCAGCAACGUCCAGUAUCAUCUUCCAGCCACUAUCGGAGACUAUACAGAUUUUUACGCUUCGAAGGAGCAUGCCAUGAAUGUGGGCUCAAUGUUUCGGGGGAAGGAUAACGCUCUCAUGCCGAAUUGGGUCCACUUGCCCGUUGGCUAUCACGGUCGUUCUUCAUCGGUGUUGAUCACUGGAACACCAAUCAAGCGUCCGUCCGGGUUGGUGCAGAAUGCACUUACUAAGGUUCCAGAGUUCUCUGUCUCGAAAAAGCUGGACUUCGAACUGGAAGUGGCAUGUUUUGUGGGCGUCGGGAAUUCAUUAGGAAAUCCUAUUGAUAUAACGGCGUCUGAGGAUCAUAUUUUUGGACUUGUGCUAAUGAACGAUUGGAGUGCACGCGAUAUUCAGCAAUACGAGUACGUACCAUUAGGACCGUUUCUGGGCAAGAACUUUGGGACAACCAUAUCGCCUUGGAUAGUGACGCUGGAUGCACUUGAACCAUUUCGCACUCAGCAACCGGAACAGAAUCCAACUCCUGCUGCAUAUUUGCGUGGGGGUCCGAGUGAUGCAUAUGAUAUAAAUCUCGAAGUCCUUCUGAAACCGGCCGAUAUUCCCGACGCACGGAUACUUUCCCGCUCAAACUUGAAAUACAUGUACUGGUCAUUCAAGCAGAUGCUUGCGCAUCACACUGUAAAUGGCUGUAACAUGCGACCUGGCGACCUUUGUGGGAGCGGGACAAUCAGUGGUCCGACAUCGGACUCACUGGGUUCUCUACUGGAGAUCACAAAAAACGGCGCCAUCCCUCUUGAGGAUAUUGAAGGGAUCGAGGGUCGGACGUUCAUUGAAGACGGAGAUGAGAUUAUUCUGCGCGGGUAUUGUAUAAGUGAGCAUAGUGGGAAACGUGUUAAAAUAGGAUUCGGCGAGGCAAGUGGAGUUGUGCUACCAGCAUCGAGCCUGUCCAAUGCUGCUGUGAAACAAACAUAAUGGAUUUCAAUGCAAGAACAUAUGAAAGCCCAAAACUACAUAAGAAUGUUGUAACAAAGGAUGGCUUCAACGCCACCCUCUAGCUCGU